GGAAGUUUUAACUUGGUACAUGUGAAAUAAAUCGCCCAACGCUACAAGACCAGAGGGAUCCACAGCUCAGCAAUACAUCGAUUCCCUGCUCAGUUUCUCCGCCCGUUCUCUUUUCUCUCGUAUAAAUUCCUAUCCUUCCUUUUCCUCUUCAUUUCCGUCUUUCUUGGCACCUCGGGUUUUCCUGCUUCGAUCUCCUUUCUCAUUCAAUGGCGACCCUUCUUCAGGGUGUGGGAGUUGCUUCCGCUUUCUCUGCCUCUACCUCACUUGACUCCAAGAAAUUUCAGCUCAGAUCCCUCCCGGGGAGGAAAGCUGGCAUAUUUGUAGUCAGAUCUGAUGCGAGUUUGAAUCUCAAUGCGGGAGCUCGUAAGGCUGAACGCUUGAUUACCAAUGCAGUUGCGACUAAAGGAGAUAGUUCUGCGGCUUCUACUUCAUCUAAACCUGGGCAUGAACUUCUUCUUUUUGAAGCCUUACGUGAAGGUUUGGAAGAAGAAAUGGAAAGGGAUCCCACUGUAUGCGUCAUGGGUGAGGAUGUAGGUCACUAUGGAGGAUCUUACAAGGUAACUAAAGACCUUGCCCAAAAGUUUGGUGACCUCAGGGUGCUGGAUACCCCUAUUGCUGAGAACUCCUUCACAGGGAUGGGUAUUGGGGCUGCCAUGACUGGUCUGAGGCCAGUUGUUGAGGGCAUGAACAUGGGAUUUCUGCUUCUGGCAUUUAACCAGAUCUCCAAUAACUGUGGCAUGCUCCAUUACACUUCAGGAGGUCAGUUCAAAAUACCAAUUGUUAUCCGUGGACCUGGUGGAGUGGGGCGGCAAUUAGGGGCAGAACACUCCCAGAGACUGGAGUCAUAUUUUCAGUCAAUCCCUGGAAUCCAGAUGGUGGCUUGCUCUACCCCUUACAAUGCCAAGGGUUUGAUGAAAGCUGCAAUUCGUAGCGAGAAUCCUGUGAUACUAUUUGAGCAUGUUCUGCUUUAUAACCUCAAGGAGAGAAUUCCAGAUGAAGAGUAUGUGUUGUCACUUGAAGAAGCUGAAAUGGUCAGGCCUGGGGAGCACGUAACCAUAUUGACCUAUUCCAGGAUGAGAUAUCAUGUGAUGCAGGCUGCCAAGACAUUGGUGAACAAGGGGUAUGACCCUGAAGUAAUUGACAUCAGGUCUUUGAAACCAUUUGACCUCUACACAAUUGGGAAUUCAGUCAAGAAGACUCACCGUGUGCUUAUUGUGGAAGAGUGUAUGAGGACCGGAGGAAUUGGUGCUAGUUUGACAGCUGCCAUUAACGAAAAUUUCCAUGAUUAUUUGGAUGCACCUGUUGUAUGUUUAUCCUCUCAGGAUGUGCCAACCCCAUAUGCUGGGCCAUUGGAGGAAUGGACAGUAGUUCAACCCGCACAGAUUGUGACGGCAGUCGAAAAGCUCUGCGCGUAAUUGCUAAAUAUAUACGAGCAAUUAGGAUGUGGUUCUGGUAAAGCUUUUCUAGCUAGAGCCUUCAUUAUGAUUUUCUUUUCUUUUCCUUUUUUUUUGUGGGCAACUCACUAUGAUUUUCUGAAACUGUUAGUUUAAUGAGUUUCAUUUAGUUAUUCUCCAUCAUUGAUAUAUAGUGUGUAAGAACUUGGGAAGCACAAUAUUUUAUAAUUGCCUACAAUCCUUGUUAUUUAUUUACAAAGGUGCAUGUAUUUGACUACUUGAGUGCUCUUGCAUUCAAUUCAAAGAUUCACACUCAGAUAAUAGCGGGGCAGUGUUGGUCAGCGUAAAGUUAUUGUACGCUCUGUUAUUUGAUGGGCGGUUUCUCUGGAUUUUCUUUUGGGGUA